AUGUUUUUCCACGCAACUCUCGCGCGAACCUUCAUCAACGCGUUGAGUCUUCGCGGCGACGACGACGCCGUCGAUCGCCUCAAUUAUUACUAUACGCCGAUGAUACUCGCCAUUUGCUGCUUGGUGAUAUCGGCGAAACAGUAUGGCGGCACUCCAAUCGAGUGCUGGGUGAAUCCGCACAGUCGCGAAUCAAUGGAAGAAUAUAUCGAAUCGUAUUGCUGGAUUCAGAACACUUAUUGGAUUCCGAUGUAUGAGAACGUACCAGACGACCACACUGCUAGGGAAGAGAAACAAAUCGGCUAUUAUCAAUGGGUGCCGUUUAUUCUGAUCGCCGAGGCGCUCAUGUUCUCACUUCCCUGCAUUUUUUGGCGCCUUUCGAGCUUUCAAUCAGGAUUGAAUAUUCAAACAUUAAUCAAUGCCGCUUGCGAUACCCAAGCAUUAUUGGAUUUUGCCGAUAAGCAAAAGGCGGUCGAAGCAAUCGCUCAAAAUUUCGUCGAUAAUUUGGAUUUGCAAUCGCCGAAUGGUCGAAUCAAAGCGCGCGGCUGGAUUGCGCGCAUCAAAUUCUCGCGAUGGCUCACCGGCCAGUGCGUUUCGAUCAUCUACGUGUUCACCAAACUCCUCUACGCCGCCAACGUGAUCGCCCAAUUUGUGAUAUUGAACGCGUGCCUCAAAAGCAGCGAGUACCUCUUUUUCGGAUUUCAAGUUUUGAGCGACGUCUGGGCGGGACGGCCGUGGACCGAGACCGGCCACUUUCCAAGGGUCACACUUUGCGAUUUCGAAGUUCGCUAUCUCGCCAAUUUAAACAGAUACACUGUCCAAUGCGCUCUUCUCAUCAAUAUCAUCAAUGAAAAAGUGUUCGCGUUUCUCUGGUGCUGGUACAUGAUCUUAGCCGUCAUCACGUUCUGCUCGUUCAUCUACUGGCUGGCCAAUUCGUUCAUCCACACCGAAAAAGUCGACUAUAUUAUGAAAUAUAUUCAAAUUGCCGAGUCGAGCGAGUAUAAACGGAUGCAAAAAUUCGAAAAGGAUGCCGCUGUCGAGCGCCUAUAUACGGUCAUCGCAUUCGCGCCGCACCUCCUCGACGCGUUCGUCUCGGAUUUUCUAAAGUCCGAUGGGAUUCUGAUGUUGCGAAUGAUUUCGAAUCACGCCGGCGAUAUGAUCGUCGUUCAAUUGGUGCGAUGCCUUUGGCAAGAAUAUAGGGAACGAAAUUGGCGAGAAUUCGAAGAGCAUGAAGAGAUGAAGGACAUGGAGAUUCGAAAACGCGGCGCAACUCAAAAAAUAGUCACGAUUCCAAACCCGAUGCAGCAAAAAUCCUACCUCUAA